GGGUAUGGAGACCACAUGUGUCAGGGAUGCACAGUCGGCGAGUGCCUUUGGUGUCGAUGUAGAGAAGGUUGUCGUGGAGGGAGUAGUCAGGGACUGGGUCAAGAUUGCAAAGCUUGUUGUAAAUGGCGGCGAAGUCUAGGCAAGAGAGGUAGCCUUUGGUGUAUCGGUGAUGGAGUGAUAGGAGGAGUUGGAUAUGGGUCAUAGCGGCGUAGACUUUCUCGGGGGGCUUGGGGUGGGGUCGUCGAGAGAGGGCAUCAACAACGCGGUUGCUUUUCCUGGGGGUAUGGCAAAUGGUGAAUGUGAACUGGGCAAGGAAGUCGAGCCAUCGAGCUUGGCGUGGGGUGAUGUCUUUCUUGGUGAGGAUGGAAGAAACGAUGGUGUUGUCAGUGCGGAUGGUGAAGUAUUGCCCGUCGCGGUACGGGCGCCAGACUGUGAGGGCGUGAAUCACGACGAGGAGUUCUUUCUCGUUGGAGGAGUAAUUCAUCUCCGAGGGAAGGAGCUUCUUGCUUGCGAAGGCGAUGGGGUAUUCGUUGGGUGGAGCCUCGGGGUGAGUGGUGCAGACAAUGUGGCCAAGGUAUUCGACACUCGAAGUGGCAAACGUACAUUUGCUGAGCUUGGCGUAGAAUUUUUGUUGUCGGAGGAUCGAGAGGACUUGGUUAAUGUGUUGAAGGUGGGACUCGAAGGUGGUGCUAAAGAUGAGGAUGUCAUCAAGGUACAUGACGACACAUACUUCAAAGAGGUCACGAAAGAUGUGGUUCAUGGUGGACUGGAAUGUGGCGGGGGCAUUGGUGAGUGCAAAAGGCAUUAUGAGGAACUCGUAGUGCCCGAACCGAGAGCGGAAUGCGGUCUUGUGGGUGUCCUCUUCGCGGAUACAAAUCUGGUGGAAGCCACUGCGGAGGUCGAUCUUGGUGAAAUAUUUGGCUCCACAGAGGCGAUCAAGAAGUUCAGAUAUCCGGGGGAGUGGGUACUUGUUCUUGAUUGUGAUCCAGUUCAAGGCACGGUAGUCUGUGCACAUGCGGAGUUCAGAGGUGUUGUUCUUCUUGACGAAGAGACAACUGGUUCCAAAGGAGGAGCUAGGCUUAAUGAAUCAAUUUUCAAGGAGUUCAUUGAGGUGGCGCUUCAUUUCUUCGGCCUCGGGGAUGGAGAGUUGGUAUGGACGGCGGCAAGGAGGAGAAUGGUCGGCCUCGAGAUCAAUGGUGUGCGAUACACCUUGAUCGGGAGGUAAACUGGCGAGCAAGGACUCGA